AAAAAAAUGGCAUGCGAAACGAUUACAGUACGGAUGAAUCGCAGUAACAGUACAAUUCCCUGGGGAUUUACUGUAACUGGUGGAGGCCUCACACCUAUCAGAAUUUCCACAAUUCAAAAAGAAAGUCUGGCCGAUAAAGCUGGAUUACAAAUAGGCGAUACGGUCACCGAAUUUUCCGGCCGUACCACAAAAGGAAUGUCACUUCAGGAGGCUACAAAUAUUGUCGACAGAGUUUCGCUCGAAAUUUACAUGCUUUUGCAGAGGCAGGUAACAGAACAUUCAUGUUUACCAUGGCAACUCACUGAGAAAAAUAACCAGAUAACGGUGGAUCAUAUCAAGCCUCAGACUGUUAAUUAUAAUUACUACAAGAGUGAACGAAAAGAUAUAUCGCAUUCAACAACGAAUUAUGAAGUACCGAUCACGGAUGAAUCACCCAAAUACCGCACAUCUUCAUACAGUAAACAUGAGGGAAGUUCUUUGAAUCGCCCAGUCAAUCUUAACUAUCAGCCAGUUUCACCAUUUACGAACGUUACGAAUGUAACGAAACGUAGCGAAUCUCCGUACGUUCAAAGCAAACGUUUCCAGGACAGUUACAGUACCAAUAGCUACAGAGCAGAAUCACGUAAUAUAAGUGGAUAUGGUUCUGACGGUAAACCAAUAUCGGGUAUGUCACGUAACGUACCCAUAGCGCUCGGGACCUCAGCUCCAUCAUCUGCACCACUAACAACAUCAACCAGUAAUCAGACUGGUCCGAAAAACAAAAUUUAUGGCUUAGUUCAUGUUGAUACGAGCAACGCCUACAGUAAUGUCGGACAUCCUUCUGGUUCUGGUGGUGGACAUCGUCCAGCAAGAAAUGCAUCCACAAAACCAGCAUGGCAAGACAGUGGGUCGCGAGUACCCUUUCAACAUUCACCGCGUUCAGAGCGUCAACUGUCACCACAUGCAACAGUACGUCAUCUACAAUACAACUCUCCAAUGAAUCUUUAUUCUCCACAUGCUGCCGCUGAACAAUAUAUCCAACAAACUGGCGGACUUUUUGGCACUGACCCAUCAUUGCAACUACCGAAAGGUGAUGAAGCUUAUCUAAAGUCCGAAACACGUCGUCUGAUAGCGGAAGAGGAGGGUCAAAGUGCGCACGACAAAUCCGCAUCAAUGCAAAGUGCGAGCUUCAAACGAAUAUCCCGCGCAUGUGGUACUCCCGUUGAUUAAGAUAAGUACCUAGUAAGGAAGUUGUCGCCUGAACUGGGAUAAUUUUUGGGUUCUCGAUUAUUGACAGGAC